AGGACCCUGGUCAAGUUUAGGCCAUCCGGAGGGUAAAGUUGGCCCAGUGCUUUCACCCCUCCGGGCCUGGCAACAUUUAUGUUUUUCAAAUCCUGAAGGAUUUGUAAGGAUCUGACCGUGUUUGAGCAAAAUUGUAGCUCGGGCCCAUCCACCUAAGUCUCAGGAGCACUGAGCGACAUCUUGCAGCUGGUGGAGUCUGGCUUGGAGGCAGGAGUGAGUACCAAAGUCGUGGAACCCUGAGGACAGUGCCUUUCAGCCACCGGCAUCCCUAGGGCCACGGGCCAAACAUUUAGCAGCAGGGACGGGGGCGGCUCCAGAUUGUCUAUGCUGUUGCUGGGAAAAACGAAAAAGGCAGAAAGAUCCCAGAAUAUCUGAUCCAUGUUAACGGUUAGAGUAGAAGCUGGGAUCGAUGGGCAGCCGAAGAACACGUGCUUGGCGAUACUGAUGAAAAUCGUAGAUUACAGCUUAAAUUGGCAAGAAAAGCGGGAGCUCGUCUGAGAAGCACAAGAGAACCCGGAAGAAAGAAAAAGCCUUCCUUUUGAAGAAAAUGAUGAAAACUCAGUAAGCAGCUCCUUUGAUACUAGUAGUGAGGAGACAGUUGAAGAAAUAAGAGAAGAAAGCGAUAUUCACGAAAAGGCGAAAGUGAAAGAACCAGAGCUGAAAACAGAAAGGAAAAUGGAAAGAACAAUAACUAUAGAAAUCCCUGAAGUUCUGAAGCAGCAGCUUGAGAAUGAUUAUUGCUAUAUUAACAGGAGGAAACGGUUAGUGAAACUUCCUUGCCAGACCAACAUCAUAAGGAUUUUGGAAUCCUAUGUGAAGGAUUUUGCUAUCAAUGCAACCUUUUCAGUCAGUGAGAGGCCUCGUCACCACCAUGUUAUGCCGCACGCCAGCACGAAGCUGCAUUAUAUCCCAGCAGAAAAGAAUGUUGACCUUUGUAAGGAGAUGAUGGAUGGACUAAGAAUAAUCUUUGAUUAUACUCUCCCAUUGAUUUUGCUCUACCCAUAUGAACAAACUCAGUAUAAAAAAGUGAUGUGGUCUAAAUGUUUUCUUCCAAUUAAGGGAAGUACCAUAAACACUACCAGGAGCCAGGAAAAAUUGUCCCCUAGCCCACCUCUGUUAAAUCCGUCCUUGCUGCAGUCCACAGAGAGUCAGCAGACCACACGUGAGCCGGCCACUCCCAGAAGUCGCAAAGCUGAGCCGGAAGCAUUGCAGUCUCUGAGGCGGUCCACGCGCCACACUGCCAACUGUGACAAGCCAUCUGAGAGCAGCGCUUUGCCUCAGCCCAUGCGUGGGCAGCAGGACACGCCCACCGGUAUGCCUUCGUUGUUCCUGCACCUGAAAAAGAAGACAUCAGUGCAUAGCAGAUCAUCUUCACCUACUCCUCUGUCUCCAAGCAAGGAAGGGAGUGCCGUGUUUGCUGGCUUUGAAGGGAGAAGAACUGAUGAAAUAAAUGAAGUCCUUUCCUGGAAGCUUGUGCCUGAUAAUUAUCCUCCAGGUGACCAGCCACCUCCACCCUCUUAUAUUUAUGGGGCACAACACCUGCUGAGAUUGUUUGUAAAACUUCCAGAAAUCCUUGGAAAGAUGUCCUUUCCUGAGAAGAAUCUGAGGGCUUUACUGAAGCACUUUGAUCUCUUUCUGACGUUUUUAGCAAAAUACCAUGAUGACUUCUUCCCAGAGUCAGCUUAUGUUGCUGCCUGUGAAGUACAUUACAGCACCAAGAACCCUCAGGCAAUUUAUUAAAGUUUCGAUGGUUCUGUAAGACCAGCUGUACCAUCCAACUUUUGCACUCUGGUUCCAGGUGAAACACGAUGAUGGAUCUUCUUUUUAGAGAGUGAAAACGCAAUGUCCAUCCUGUGGGCUCUGGCAGAGGUGGACCCUAUUGUUUUAGUUGCCCACGUACUGUAGUUAUUUUGUUAAUUAUUCCUAGGUGCUUAAAAGUGCUCUGACACACUACUACACAUGCCAUCUGUAAAGGCAGAAACAAAAGCAUGUGUGUUCACAGUAAAAUGUUCAUAAAAAUGUACGUAGGUUAGGCCAUUUUGGUAGAUAUUUCAGUUAGGAAGAACCGCAUUGUUUAGUUAUUUGUUAGCAUUAAACAAAAAUUUUUUUGCAAACUGUUUCCAUUCUUUUAUGAUGAGCAGCUCUGCCCAACGAAUUUUAGUCUGUACUUGGAACCACAAGGUGUCUCAAAAGCAUUUUAGAGGCCAUUGGUAUUGAUGGCAAAAGAAAAUUUGCAGCUAUACAUUUGCUUGUAAGGGUUCCUUCUCUGCGAAACAUUAUUUUUAUAGAUCUAAAUAAAGCAUUGCCUGUCUUGAGAUUUUAUAGCUACACUUUGU